CAGGACUCUAGCCACAGGGACACCACCUCUUAGCGCCAUACCACUACCUCCUCUAACCCCCUCUCCUCUGCCACCGCUGCUGCCUUAUUCCCGCCGCCUCCCUUCAUGACAGGAUGCAGCCGCCCCCGAGAAAGGGUAAUUACCUGAAGGUGUGCAAGAACCUCCACAGUGAACAAUUGUCCAAGCUUCUCGCCAAAAACCAACAGGAGUGUGAUCUCUUGGAGGACAUCAGAAAUUUCACAAAGCAGCGAUCGUCCAUUGAGAAAAGUUAUGGGGAGGCCCUGUGCAAGAUAGCAGCCAAUUACCAGAACAGAAAGAUUGCCUGUGUGCCAGACAUAAGACUCGAAGAUGGUUCAGAUGCGUGGAAUGUGUAUAGUGUGUGGCGGACAGUGCUGGAUGAGACAGAGAAGCUGGGGAAGGCACGGCUGGCUGCAGUGGAGGUAUUCCAACAAAACAUAUCUGAAGACGCCAAGGUGACACGGCAGAAUAAGAUUCACCUGGCCAAGAAGUUCUCAGACCAGCUGAAGGUGGCACAAGGGGAGCUACAAACACAAGUGCAGGAACUUGAACGUGCCAAGAGGAACUACUAUGAGGAGGAGCAUGUGGCUCAUGAUGCAAGGGAGAAGGCCAGUGCUGCAGAAGAGAGGAUCUCUCACCGACUCAAGAGGAAAAAAGGCUCCAUCUUCCAGUCCAUUCAGUCACUCCAGAAGAAUAGUGCAAAGUUCUCAGCCAAGCGAGAUGCCUGUGAUGAAAAGUCUACCGGAGCUCGGAAUGAUUACCUCCUCACUUUAGCAGCAAGUAACGCACACCAGCGGCGAUACUAUGAGGUGGACUUUGAACGAUUCCUGAGGACAAUGGAGUGUGACAUGUAUGACAAGGUGGCAGAGUACCUGACACUGAUGAGCAGGACGGAGUUGCUUACCUGCUCAGCCACACAGUCAUCCUUCAACAAGAUCAAGGAACAGGCAACCACGGUGACGAGGGGAUACAACCUUCGCUGCUACCUGACCUUCUAUCCAAUGCUGGGCCAGAACAUCCAGUAUGAUUAUGAGCCAUGUGAGGGUGACUCUGUUGAGAUCAUCACUGUACACGAUGAUACCACCCAGACAUUGCUUGAACAGGAAGGCCGGAGAUGUGUUACUACCAUACAGAAGGACGUCAAGUCCAUCCGAGAGGCCACACGCAAGAUUCAAAAGUUGAAUGUGGUGGGUAAACAUGAAUAUGACUUACCACCAGACAUCGAAUCAAAACUGGAUGACCAGCGACUUAUCAUCCGGCGAGCAGAAACCUCCAAGGUCAAGAUGGAAUGUAAAAUUGAGGUGCUAAAGGAAGGAGGAGUGGAAGUGGAAGACUAUGCCAAGAGUCUGGAUAGUGACAGCCUUGGGGUCGAAGUUGAAACAAGCCUGAGUCGCUCUGAGUCCACUCUGUCUGUCAGGGAGGAGGCUGAGGCACCACCUGCUGAAUAUGAGAAGGAGGAGGUGGAGUCCAAUGCUGUUGCUGUUUCCUCUGGGCCUGAGUCAACCACCACUGCUGAGUAUGAGCGCGGUGAUUCAGCACAGACACAGGAUGAUGGGAGGUUAGACACAGGGAUGUGGGACCCCACGAAUGUGGAUUGGGGAGAUGUGCCGGUGUCCCCACUGCCUCCUGUCACCAAUGGGCCACCAGAGGAUGUGGGCACCUUCCCCAAGUGUACUGUGCUCUACAACUACACGGCCCAGAAUCCCGAUGAGCUCACCAUAGUUGAGAAUGAAGAGCUGGAGCUGAUGGGAGAGGGUGACGGGGAUGGCUGGGUACAGGCCCGGAACUACAAGGGAGAGGUUGGCUACAUCCCUCAGAACUAUAUAGAGAUGGAGGAUGCAUCAGCUGGUGGUGUUGUUCCUGCAGCAGCUCUGCCAGCUGCUGAGCCUGCUCAGGAGGUCCCAACCACUGCACCGGCACUUGAGACGAGUGAUGCUGCUGCCAUCUCUUUCUCUACCAUAGAGUACAACUUAGAGCUGGAUGAGGAAGUGGCAGCUCCCGUAUCUUUCUCCUCCAUGGAUUACAGUUUCGAGCAGGGAGGAGGCUAUGAUGAAGUGGAGGAGUAUUCUUCCGAGCCACCUCCAGACCUGCCACCACCACCACCAGCAAUCACAACCACCACAGCCCCUCCCGCUGCUGUGCCGCCCGCCUUCUCUCUGCCAGUAGAGACCAAUCAGCUCCAUCAGGGAGACUUUUGCCGUGCUGUAUAUGACUAUGAAGCAACAUGUAAUGAGGAGAUUACAUUUUGUGAAGGUCAGAUUAUACGCAUUCUGAAGAGGACAGUGCACGAUGUAGAUGACGGCUGGUGGGAGGGGGAGGUUGAUGGCCAGGUGGGACUGUUUCCUUCCCUCGUGGUGGAGGAAUGCCGCUCUGAUGGAGAACCACUGACUCCUGAUGUGUUCACGUUCCAGGCCGUCUCGGGUGCGUCGCCAUGCACUACCCCACCGCCACACACGCCACCUGAGGUGCCCGGCUUCCUCCUGCCUCCUGAGCGUGUCAUCAUCACUCAGCCAACACCAGUGGUGGAGACAGCAGAGGAGAUUCAAAUGCCUACGGAAGCACCACCAGCACCCCCAGCCACCACCACCCCUGCCACUGCCACCACCACCAAUAAUGCCACUGCUGGAGCUGCAGGUGGAGGCUACGAUUCAUCAGCUUUUGAGUUAGAGCUGAGUGGGCAGCACCAGGAGCAGUAUUCCCGCCAGUUCAGCUCCUCUCCUGAGAGUGAAGCCACUGACAGAGAUCAGCAAUAUGCAGAACUUGUCUCCAGUCCUGAUGUGUCAAACCAGGAGCAAGCGAGGCAGCAGAGGGAACAGGAGCCUUCAUCAGCCACCUCUCCGGACACUCUACAGGAAGAGGCGUUCGAGCUUGAGCCGUGGCACGACGAGGCUGUGGACCCCUCGUCCGCCACCACCACCACCAUCUCCCUUGAUGAGGCGGGUGGUCUGGUCAGCCCUCUGUCGGAGGCGCGGGUGGUGGAGGUUUGUGAGCCUCCAGAGUCCCCGCCCCUGCCACCUCAGCCCCCGCAGCAACAGGAGAGUGAAGGCCAACCGCCCUCAAUGGAUGAGGCGCCAGAUUUCCCGCCACCAACCCUGGAGGAGACCGCCAUGGAUCCCCUGCCUCCUCCCCCACCGCCAGAGGAGGAGAAGGAGGAGGAGAAGGUGGAGGCGCAGCAGGGAGCCACUGGGAAGAAGGCCAGGGCCAGGAAAGCGGCAGCGGCGACGAACAUGAGUCAACAGCAGAAGCAGCCCAAGCUCCCCGCUGAAGGAGGAAGCGGAGGGGACUCUGACGGCCUCGGCGUGGCGCAGAUUGUCAUCACGGCCGCCACGCCGGUAGUGGAGGCCCGCGAGGCACGCGCUGACGAGGAUUCUCGGGCAGAAGCUGACCAAGACGAGGACGCUCAUCAUCCCGAGGCCGAGCGCUCCGAGGUCGAGGGCGAAGCGCUUAUCCUCGACGAUGAGGGUCGCCCGCCUCCUCCCCCGCCUGCCCCUGAGGGACCCAUGGAGAUGCGCAUGGAGGCGUGCGGGGCCGAAGGGGGCAUCAGAGAUCUCGGGGGCAGCGAGGAGCGUUCGCCCUCGCCCAAAUCUCCAAGUCCCAGCGAUGGCCCUCCGGACCUCGACCCCGAGAAGCUCAAGACCUUAGAGCGGAUCAAGGAAUCCAUCGCUUAAGACAGGAUACCCCCCUCGCCUCCUCUAUCCCCUGCCGCUGGUCUGAGGGGCGGGCCUGCGGAUCAUGUUCAGGAUAUUCCUCUCCAAUGGGCGCUUCCAGCUGCGUCACAAGGCCAAGACGGCGGGGAGAGGCGGAGACGUGACAGAGUCCUGCCGUGGCCUUGACAUACCGCGCACUUGGAGGCGCACCGCCCUCUCCUCCCCCCACUGCCUGCCAAGCCCAUUUUUGCGUUGCCCUGCGCCGCGUCGUGCUGUGCCGUGCCGUGUCAUGCCACCACCGGGGCCAAACACCAUCAAGAGUCCCCGAGAACCACCACUGCUCCAGGUCGACCCACGGGUGUUUCCCAACACCAGGCUGGAGGCAAGAAGUAACUAAAUACAACUCCAAAGGAAUGCAAUUAAGUCUUUCCUGAAACACAGUGGCCACUUCCUCCACUGAGGAGAAACUCAAACCCCAAUCUCACUCCUCUCACCCCUGUCAGGAGGAAGUGGAGCAAGAGAGCGGAGGACUGACUGGUUGUGUCCUUCAGUUUUACAGUUAAAGUCAGACGUAAAGACGUGUGUGUGUGUGUGUGUGUGUGUGUGUGUGUGUGUGUGUGUGUGUGUGUGUGUACAUUCUCUCUCUCUCUCUCUCUCUCUCUCUCUCUCUCUCUCUCUCUCUCUCUCUCUCUCUCUCUCUCUGGAAGCAAUCUCGCGCGACCAGUCCGGUUUCCUGCGACUGCCUCACCCGCGGUGUCAAAGAAAUCUGUACCUCGGUGCUCAUCGCCAUUUUAGGAAUAUCUUGGAUUCACCGUCAGUGUGUGUGUGUGUGUGUGUGUGUGUGUGUGUGUGUGUGUGUGUGUGUGUGUAAUAGGAUUGAGCCUCGACCGUGCGCGGAGACGAGACAGAACGAUCUCUCUCUUGAUUUUCAGUUUGCCUUUUCUCUGCCAUAACUCGACUGCUCGUUAUUCACUGCAGGAAAUAAAGACAAUAGAUUUGCUAAGUGCUAAUACUCGGUUCACCUUUCACUACAAUGUUGUGUCUUACAAAGGCAGCCCGUACAGUACAUACCAGCGCGAUUAGAAGCACAGUAAUCAUUCAUUUCAGGUCGAUACUUUGUUAGAAUUGCAACACAUAAAAGACGCCAUAUUUUUUUGACGCUCAAUUGUUUCUCCUAUAGCGAGGACACACACACACACACACACACACACACACACACGCACGUACGCACACGGCCCGGUAGCUCAGUGGUUAGAGCGCUGGCUUCACAAGC